AUGCCACAGCGCAAAACGCCCGCCAAGGGCAAAGCCAGCGCCUCGAGAGGUUCGACUUCUGCGUCGGCACCAACCAAGUCUCGACGUUCCAAACUUGCAAAGGAGAACGAGAUCACUGCAGAAGAAGAAUUCGAGAUCAAAGAAGCGUGGAACCUAUUUCGCGUGGACGACGUGGAGGAAUAUGAGGACGAGAAAGAAGGAGUCAUCCCUACCAGCAAGGUGAAGGAUGCACUUCGGGCACAGGGUCUUGCCCCGAAGAGUCAGACAGAAAUGCAGGAAUUCAUCGAAACCCUGGAUCCAGACUCAUCAGGCUACGUGACAUACCCGCACUUUCUGGCACUGUGCGCUCUUCAACUCAAGUCAAAGACGGAUGAAGCAAAGGACGAAGAGGUUCAAACGGCGUUUGAUUUGUUCCAUCCCGGCCAAAACCCUACGAAUCACGAGCAGGUGAUUCGACUCCAAGAUCUACGGAUCGUGGCAAAGACGUUGAAAGAGGACGUCAGCGACGACAUUCUCAAGGCUAUGAUACUCGAGGCAAAUGGAGGGCAGGGGAUCGGAAAAGGCGUCAACAUAGAGGAUUUCCGCGCAGUCAUGACGAGGGCGGGUGUCUUUCAUUGA